AUGUACAUAUACAGAAAAACAUACACACAGACACAUGUACAUACAUACACAGACACAUGUACACACAGACACAUGUACGUACAUACACACACAAACACAUACACAUACAUGUACAUACACGCAGACACAUGUACAAAUACACACAUGUACAUACACACAGACACAUGUACAAUUGUACAUGCAUCACAGAAACACACACACAUGUACACGUACACACACACACCCAUAAAAAGUUGCAGUACUUCGUUGUUCACUCACAGAGCUGGGUACUGCACUCUAGGGGGAGGCAGAGAGCACAGCACACACUCCUUGCUUUGCUUUCACUGCGCUCAGCUAUUGAGCAGUCUGAGGGCUCCCAGUGCCAAUGACAGAUCCGGCCUGAGCUCCGAGUCUGCUCAGCAAGAUGGCCCUGGGGGACACACUCGCCCCCACCAUAAUUUCCACUCGCCAUUGGCGAGCAGGCGAGUGGAAAUUUCAAGCCCUGAUAUACGUGAUCCU